AAAAACGUCGGCACUUAUUUGUAUAGCAUACAUUGCGGCAUGCAGCAUUUGCGGCUACAUGGCAGCUGCGGAAGAGGCAGCAACAAUGGCGCCAGAGCACAGCGCGACGUCAGGCAGCAGCAGCCCAAGUGAGGAAUUACAGCUUCAUAUAAAUCAAAAUUUAAUUAUGUCGCCAGCGCUCGGCUCGAGCUUUGCCGCCGCAUCGGCGGCUGCACUGACAGCUCCACAGCCCUCCAUCGCCUCCUCGUUAGCCACCUCAUCCUCAUCCUCGUCGGGCAGCAGCAUAACAAGCUUUGACUCCAACAACUUGAUCGAUGACAAGCGCCUGCCACAGCCGCCACACCAGCAGCAACAGCAUCUCGAACAGCUCCAGGUGCAGCACCAGCAGCAGCAACACUCACGUAUUCAGGCCAAAGAUACGGCUGGCCCAUAUCCAAUACCUGUGCACAGGCCCGAGCCCGUCGAGAAUCAUCUGGAGGCGACGCACGGCAUCGAUGGUGCGGAUAAUGUGUUCGGCACGCCCAUGUACUUCGGCACCGAGAACUCAACGGUGGUGACUACACAGAUUGGCGCCACCGCCCACGUACCCUGCACCGUGCACCACAUUGGCGAGGGUGUGGUAUCCUGGAUACGCAAAAAGGAUUAUCAUCUGCUUACGGUCGGCCUAACAACCUACAGCAGCGAUGAGCGCUUCAGUGCCACGCACUUGAAACAUUCCGAGGAUUGGACAUUGCAAAUCAAAUUUGUGCAGCUACGUGACGCCGGCGUGUACGAGUGUCAAGUGUCCACACAUCCGCCCACAUCCAUAUUUCUACACUUGAGCGUAGUCGAAGCGCGCGCCGAAAUAUCAGGACCGCCCAUACGUUAUCUGACGCCGGGCUCAAGGCUUCGCCUGCAAUGCCGCGUUGUACAGAAUACAGAGGCAUCCGAGUAUAUAUUCUGGUAUCACGACAACCGCAUGAUUAAUUAUGACAUUGAUCGGGGCAUUAAUGUGUCAACUGAGCCAGACUUUCAAUCAUCGGAGCUUACAAUUCAGCGCACACGUCGCGAGCAUUCGGGCAAUUUUACCUGUGUGGCCAGCAACACGCAGCCAGCCAGCGUUUUGGUACACAUUUUCAAAGGCGAUAAUCCUGCGGCCAUGUAUCACGGACAUGUGGGUGGCUCAACUAAAACGACGCAACGCCAGCUGCACAAUUUUAUGGUAAUGAUUGCCAUCGGCUAUCGGAUAUUCCACACAAGUGUCUAUAUGAGAAUUGUCUAGAGGGGCUGCUGACAACUGACAACUGCCCGCAACAUUUGUAACUAAUUCAUCAAAGCAGUAGCAGCUAUAAUUAAGUAAAGCCCAUUAAAUUCUUCAAGCAGACAACAUUUAAACAGCUCUUAGCUAAGCUCGUAAAUUAAACAAAUUUCAAAUACAACUAAAAUCUCAAUCUAUUUAAGCGUUGCAUGUGUAUGUGUGUGUAAUUACUUUUAUAUAUGUAUGCAUGUGUGUGCGCGCGUAUGAAUUGAUAAAUGCAUGUGUAAAAUACAGUCGUGUUAAUUGAGCCUUUCAUUUGCUAGCUUCCAUGUUUCUGAAGGCAUCUGAAUUGAGCGCUUUUCACUUUCAAGAAGCAAAGAAUAAACAAUUUAUGAAGCUCACAUAAAAUCAAAUAAAAUAUAAACAUUUGCAUUUAUUACUGCAAAAUGUAUUUGAAAACAAACCCAAAAGCUGUCAGAGCUUUUAUGUAAGUGAUUUUAAGUCAACUUAAGCAUAAAAUUGGCAUUAAACACUAGCAGUAAUAUUGACGAAAGGUAAAUUAAAUAAUAAUAAAUCAAAUAUAUAUUAAAAUUCAACUAACUAAACUACGUUUAAUUUAAAUGUACAUACCGUAAAUAUUUAAAUUUAAUUUAGGCCAAUGUUCCACUCAAAACGUUGAUUCAUUAGUUUCAUAAAUGCUGUAAAUAUAUUUUUUGUUAUACUUUCGUAUAAGUCAAGUAAAUCUUUAAGCAUAAGUUAUUUGCAAAUAUGCAAACAAAAAACCAAAACGAACAGAAAAGAAGGAAAGGGUGAAGAAAAUUUCAAUGUUGGUUACAGACUAAAGCAAACAAACUGUUGAUGUGUAGCCACAAACAACAACUAAAAACAAGACUUUUGGCCAUGUGUAAAAGUUGGUAAUCAAAAAAACAAAAAAA